AGAGGGAGGGAGACAGGCAGGAGGGCAGCGCAGCCCGCGCCGGCAGCGCCAUGGCCACCAAGGCUCGUGUUAUGUAUGAUUUUGCUGCUGAGCCUGGAAACAAUGAGCUGACAGUCAGUGAAGGGGAGAUCAUCACAAUCACCAACCCGGAUGUUGGUGGAGGCUGGUUAGAAGGAAAAAACAGCCAAGGCGAGAGAGGACUUGUUCCAACAGAUUAUGUUGAGAUUAUAACUGAAGGUGCAAAAGAUGGCAUUAGCUGCGGUAACUCAUUAGCUGACCAAGCCUUUUUUGAUUCCCUUUCUUCAAAUACAGCUCAGACCAACUCUGCUGCCAAAAGCAGUAAUCAGGCAAGCAUCGCUAAUGAUCCUUGGUCCAGCUGGAACGUUGGGAAGUCUGGGAACUGGGAUAAUGGAAAUGCUGUUGACAGCUGGGCAACGAAACCUGAAAGUGCAGCUGGACAGAGAAACAGUGCUUCAAAUAACUGGGAGGCAGCAGCAGCGUUUGGACAUCCACAGGCAUAUCAAGGACCAGCAGCUGCUGAUGACGAUGAUUGGGAUGAUGACUGGGAUGACCCAAAAUCAGCUUCACCAUCUUACCUUGGUUACAAGGAGACUGAGGCAUCAGAGGCUGGGGGGAUCCAGCGUGGAAAUUCUCGGGCAGCUGCUAUGAAGUUACCACUUAACAAAUUUCCUGGAUUUGCAAAACCUGGAAUGGAACAAUAUCUGUUGGCAAAGCAGCUAGCAAAACCCAAAGAAAAAAUUCCCAUAAUUAUUGGUGAUUAUGGCCCAAUGUGGGUAUAUCCUACCUCUACAUUUGACUGUGUGGUUGCAGAUCCCAAAAAAGGUUCUAAAAUGUAUGGUCUCAAGAGCUACAUUGAAUAUCAGCUGACCUGCACUAACACUAAUCGGUCUGUCAACCACAGAUACAAGCACUUUGACUGGUUGUAUGAGCGGCUCCUGGUUAAAUUUGGAUUAGCCAUUCCAAUCCCUUCUCUUCCAGACAAGCAAGUAACAGGGCGCUUUGAAGAAGAAUUUAUCAAAAUGCGCAUGGAGAGGCUGCAAGCUUGGAUGACGAGAAUGUGUCGCCAUCCUGUUGUCUCAGAAAGUGAAGUUUUCCAGCAAUUUCUCAAUUUCCGAGAUGAGAAGGAGUGGAAAACUGGAAAGCGGAAGGCAGAAAAAGAUGAAACUGUAGGAGUCAUGAUCUUUUCUACAAUGGAACCAGAAGCUCCUGACUUGGACAUGGUAGAAAUAGAACAGAAAUGUGAUGCAGUGGGUAGGUUCACCAAAGCAAUGGAUGAUGGAGUUAAAGAGCUGCUGACAGUGGGACAUGAGCACUGGAAGAGGUGUACAGGGCCACUACCCAAGGAAUACCAGAAGAUAGGAAAAGCAUUGCAGAGCCUGGCACUGGUCUUCAGCACUAGUGGAUACCAAGGUACUUCUAUAGCUUCAUUUGUACUUUGCUUAAAAAGAGGCAUUUUAAUUACAUCAUACUAAUUUUUUUUUCCUCAAAGAUCUUAAUGCUUUCCUCUUUGAGAUUUAAAUGUCGAACACGGUUCUGGAAAAAAUACUGAAACCUUUCUCCUGUGUAUGUUAUGGGGUUUUCAUGUUCUAGUCUGCAAUCUUGUCUUCUCUCGCUGUAUAAUCUUGUGGUGCAUUAGUGGUGGUGGAAGAGUUUAGUUUGAUCUCUUAAUAUAUAAUCUGGUCACUGACCUGACUGACCAAACAUGCUGUAGCAUUUUUGAUAUCAAAGAAAAAGGAGAAAAAAUGCAGCCUUGAAAAUAGCUGUCACAGGACUAUUGUGUGACUCCAUGAUACAACAACUCCACAUGAUGAUGGAAAACUUACUACAUUGUUUUGUAAUCCAUUAUGUGGGCUGGAAGGUUGGCCUUCACCUUUGCUUCUCCUUCAAGAGCCCUAAAAAAGACCCUGUCAUGUUAGGUAUGAAAGUUGUGGGAGGGAAAAGGAGGGCAUCAAUUGCUCCAAGUUCUCCUAAAAAAUAUAGUCUUUAGACCAAAUUUUAAAUUCUGCUUUGAUAUGCUAAGCUCUAUUGAUGUUUUCCUGACAACUGGUAAAUAUUUCCUCAUAUACAGAGGGUGCCUUUUGAGUCAGUUUUCCCUGGGAUUCUCCUUUCAAAGGUGUUUGAGGUUUUGCUUUUUGGUUUCUAGACUUGAUAGCAAAAUUACUGUGUUCUGAAACCUUAAAUGUUAUAGCAUAGAAGCUUCCUGAAAUGUUUCCAUCUGAGAAAUUUCAGUUGGCCAGUACUUACUCUGACUACUCAUCUAUCUUUUGCUUUAUAAUCUUAAAACAUUUAGCCCCGUAAACGAUGUACUAAAAUGCAACCUUCUGAAACAUAGAUUCUCUGCUGCUGGAAGUAUUGGAAAUAGGCCCCAUAGUUUU